GAUCACAAUACCACACAAUGCUCUCUGAACUAGCAGAAACUCUUCCUGGUAUAGGUAAGAUCCCUUAAGUGCAGAUAUCCGACUUCUCGAAGAGGUUUGAUAUGAAUGAUCUUUGUGCACAUUUUUGAUUUUGUGUAAUGUGAUCGCAAAGGUGGUGGUACCGAGCUGAAGGGUUCAGAGGAUGUUAAAAAGGGUUUGUUGCAAGAUGAAGACCCUCUGCUUGCAGAAAAUGCAACGUUGCCAGUAAGUAUUCUUUAGUGUCAGGCUCGAUCUAGUUCCACGUACAUAAAUCGUGGCAAAAUGAUCAGCUGAUCAUGUCCACGAACGCGGUUUUUAUAACUUACAUUUGAGACACAUUAAUUUUUGUGCCCAUAGAUUGGACUACUAGUGAAAGAUUUUUCUCCACUGAGUUCUUUUGUCUCAGAGAUAAUCUAAUCACCAGCAUUUAUGCAACAAUCAAGAUCAAGCGCAACCUUUAUCUCUUGGGAUAGUUUUCCGGGCAUUUCUCACCAGUAUUUAUGCGACAAUCAAGAUCAAGCGCAACCUUCAUCUCUUGGGAUAGUUUUCCGGGCAUUUCGCACCAGUAUUUAUGCGACAAUCAAGAUCAAGCGCAACCUUUACCUCUUGGGAUAGUUUUCCGGGCAUUUCGAAAUGUUGAUGAUCUUGUUUGUACCUGCCAGUUUGCAAGCCUGUUAGAUGAAUUUGUGAUUUUGUUUACGCCUUUUUUUUUCUUUAUACAGACUGGUGUAUUUGCUGUGCAUGUGUUUGGAGCUCAGAACCUCUACUUAGAUGCUAACUUUCCCCCUGAACACUAUGGAAUUUAUGUUCAAAUAACAGCUGGGUCUACUACUAAAUGUACAUCGGUGCAGUCACCACUUAAAAAGGGCCAUGUUGUGUGGGAUGAGAUCAGGAAUUUCCCUGUCACUGUAAGUCAAGAGUUCAGACAAGUAUGGAGGGUUUAAUUUGCAACUGUGCCAGCAGCAGUAUGACUAACGAGACCCUGUUGGGUAAAAUUCUGACAAGGGACAUGGCUUUGAAGCGAUGAUGUAAGACUAGAUAAAAUGGAGACAAAUGACAUAAAGAUGGGUUAACCCUUUAUUAAGUCCUAAAAGUGACAAACAUCAAUUUUCUCCUAACAAUAUAAAUACACAGUCAAGAGAAAAGGUUGUGAGAAUUAAUGAAAUAAUCACCCAGGAGAAAAUGCUUUGAUCUUUUAUCAAAUUCUCUCAACUUAUUCUUUAUGGAAAUGUAUAGAGAUCAGUUUUGAGAAUUUGUAUGUGGAUAUAAGGGUUUUAAUCCUCAAAGCCCCAAUAUCCACAUACAAAUUCUCAAAACUGAUCUCUAAUUACCGACAGGGACAUGGCCUACUCCUGAUCAUGCAAAGCAGCUGUAUUUGAAAUUCAGGCCAGGGACAUGUGUAAGAAGGCCUCACUAAUGGUUCUCCAACUUGAACCCUUACCUAACCCUAACACCUUCAGGGUUACCCACCCCAACACCUGCAAAUUAUACCCAGAAUAUUUGCCGACCUGCAGACUCUUCUAAAAUCCAACUCUGAUCAAGGUGCCAAACAUUAAAAUUAAUAAAAAAUUGGAAAAUACUGUGCAAUGCAAAAGUUCAAUGAUUUUCACAAAGUUUAUCAAAAUGUGCAUUGAAAGGGUGCAAAAAAACAGAAGUUUCAAGGGUGCUCCCCCUUCCUCAGUGGUUUAAGGCAACUUUAAGCCACUGAGGAAGAGGAAGCACCCUCGAAACACCUAGUCUUUUCGUGAUAAGCUCCCAUCUUCUAAAGCCCCUACCCCUUGAUUUUUUAUCAUAAAGCAGAAACAUGUUUUCAUAGACAAAUAUGAGCACUUAUGCUCUUAUUUCUUGCAUGCAUGGUAGACGGCUGGUAUAACUGCCAGAUGUACAAGCUUCUCCUCUGUUCUCUCAGUAUGAUUUCCAUGUGAAGUUAAGGAGAGGGUUUUAUUUACCACGUAAAUACAUGAAUAUUGGAUCAAACUUGUUUAUGAAAGGAAUUCCAGUAAUCUUAGGUUGUGUAUUCUUAUUCCUGAAUACUAUGUACAACCAUUAAUGCAACAUGCCCUGCAUUUAGUUCUGCAUAGUAACAUCAUUCAGAUUUUUUAGGCAGCUUCUUUUACUGCAGUGAAAUUGACUGUUCAUUGAAUGACCAGAAUUUUGCUAUAAUUUUAUUUAAGAUUUCCCCCAAAGUAACCAGUGCUGCCAACAAAGUCGUCAUUACUGUGCUAUGUUUCGACAAACUUCAGCCAAUCCCAAAACACAAAUUACUGGGAAAAAUGGAGUUCCAUCUGCACAAGUUAGCAAAGGUACCUUUUAUAUAUAGGUGACUGCAUGUAUGGACUGCAGACGCAUAACUUAUACCAUCAUUUUUAAGACAAAUUGUAUUAUUGGUUUCAUAAUUUUCAGGUGCCAAGAAUUGGUUGGAAAAUAUUGCAAAAUAGUUUUGUAAACAUUAAGGUUUUUAAUAAAACUAUAGACAUAAAAGUUAAAAUCACAAUGUUUGAUAGAUAAACAGUGACCAGAAACAGUUAAGAGAAACAAGUUUUGGCUCAUUAUUGAGACCCUGUUUAUACGAGUCUGGACAAUUUUUAAAUGAUCUUUUUUACCUGUGCAAAUUAACCCAUUUACGUGGACCUGUCCAAAUUCUGUUACAGAAUCAGGUUUGCCACUAAGUAGGCGGGGAAUCAAACAGCUAGGGAUUUCUUUUGGUUCUAUCUUUCUUCUGUUUUCCUAUGAAAGUAGCCAGAGAUCACAUUCAUAGUAGGUGGGGGAAAUCCCCGGCCCUUAAUGACAGCCCACAGAAUGCAGUACUGUUUGCCUUUAAAAAACUUGCACUGUUCUGUGGGUCCUGUGUAAGCGAAAGGCGGAUCUGUGCAAAGUUUUGUCCAGACUUGUGUACACAGGAUCUCUAUGGGGGCUCAGAAAGAUAAAGAUUUUGUCAUAGCCCUUUGUUAAGUAUAAUGUAUAUUGGAUGAAUCUAAAUAAACUUGUUGACACAUAUUUAGCACCUUUUAACUUACAGAAACAAUGGUCCAUGGAGACAUUUGAGCUGCAGAACAGAAAAAAGCAGGUAAAUGGUACAAUAAUGGUAAAUAAAAAUGAUGGCAUAUUUGCUUUGUUAAUAGCAUGGAUGUGCACUCAGCCAGCGCUUACUACAUUGUGGUUUAUAGUUACUCCAGUCAAAUAAUACAAAACAUGGUUAAAAACUUUAACGUAGAGGAGGCCACUAGCUGGCCAGCUAUUUCUAAGCAUGGCUUAGGAUUUGAACUUUGGACACUCAAAAAAGAAAUCAUGCUAAACACCUACUGGCCAUUUAUCUCAUACUGUGCUGUCUAUCAACAGACUACUGAUAGCUGUGUAUUGAAAUCAUACACACCUGAUGAAGUAGUUGGCUUACAUUACAGUGGUUUACGUUUGGAGACAUGGUCUUUUUACUUGCAACUAACUUACAGUCUGAAUAAAAGUAAAUAAAAAACAAAUGAUUAAAUGUACUUCUGUUUUUGUUUUCUUUGUAAUAGUAUGCUGGUGAUCUUCAGUUGGAAUUUGCUUUUGCGUAUGGCUCAUAUGGCUAUGGUUUGUGUGAUCAGGUAUUUAUAACCUUCUGGGAUAUCUUUCAUCAGUAUAUUUUCUACCUUUCUCUAUACUUUCACUAAAUUUACUCACUAUUGACUGUAUUUUUGCAUACUAGCUAAUGUGAAUUUUUCUUCUUUUGGCCAUAAAUUGUGAUAACCUCUUUCAGUAAUAAAGACUGUUACUAUAUAUCUGCUGGAAUUGUUUUAGCUAGUGUGACAACUUGCAUUCUCAUUGGCUACUUGCAGCGUCUGAAUGGGUACACAUGGAUAAACAUGGAUAAAUUACCUUAAUAAUUACCUGUGGAAAAAGUCAUGAAACUUGAGUCAUUUCAGAUUAAACUGUUACUAAAAUAUAUGUUAUUAACAACAGGAGACUUAGUCAGCUGUUAGGAAUGUUAUGAUUAUCAUAAAUUCUCUAUUAACCCCCCGCCCCACUCUAAUAAUCUUACUUAUACUAUAACUGUAUUGGAAAAACUACAGGGAGUGGUUAACAUGGUUAUUAUUAUUAUUAUUACCAUAACUACUUAACUUUUUAGCUUGAGAGUCAUCAGCCUCCUAGAUAUUAUUUGCAGCAAAGUGCAUUUCCACACUUGGAACUUCCAACUAGCUCAGCAGGAAGCAGUUCAGGGUAGAGUACAUAGAGUAGUUACCUCUUUCAGUAUAAUCAUAAUGUUGAAAUCAGUCACAUUUAACUUAGCUGGAGUGGUAAAAAUAAUUUAUCUUGUGACUGCUAGGUCAGAUCAGCAAAUGAAUAUCAUUUUUACGUAGAUAUAGAUGUGAUCACAGACACUCACAGUCCAGAGAUUUGUGGUACAGCAGGAUGGAGAUAGUUGCUUAUACACUAUUUUCCUCAGAUCAUAUUAGGCAUUGUAACUUCUGUCAAAUAUACCUGCUAAAAGAUGUUUAAUUAAGUGUUUUUCAUUAUAAUAUACACGUAAUGAGGAAGUAAAAUGUAAUGUUUGCUGAGACAAAGACUUGGCAUGCAACAUUACCACUUAUAAGUGCACUCUGUUUUAUCCCUUUAAGCCCCAAUAGUGAUCCAUAUCUAAUUUCUCCCAACAAUAACACUGCCUGAUCAAAUGGGCAGGUCAUGAGAAUGAAUGAAAUGAUCGCCAAAGAUGAAAUGUUGUGAUGUUAGAAUUAAUUCCCUCAAGCAGUACCAUACAGUAUGCCUCCACUGUCUUCGCUUACUUGCCUAAGUAUAAUCUUGCAUGCUAUCUUCAGAACGUACAAAAAAGGGCACUUUCCAUCAUUGGGCCUGAUAUUUUGUAUGAAACAGCACUUGACAAAGCUGUAUUAUCCACUCUUUCUGACUGUCUGGCAGUCUCAUGUAUUAAAUUUAUAGGUAAGGUUCGGCCAGGUAACCCAUUAUACCCACUAAUGCACAACAGAGUGGUACCUAUAUCUACCAGUGUGUGUCUAAGAUCAGGGAGUUCUAGCAGGCCCAUGGCCACGAGGACUGAACGUUUGUCAAAUUUUGUUAGUCUUAAAUAUUAAUCUUGUCAAUAAAUGUAGUGUAUUAGUAUAUAUAUCACAGCUUGUAAGGUAUCCUACAAUUCAGUCUUCCGACUGCAAAAGUGACAAUAAACCAGUGAUUUGAUUUGAUUUGUAUGAAGAACAGUGUGUUGAUGUUUGAGCUUAAAGGGUUAAUUAUACAUGGGCAAAGCAGAUUAUAUGGUAAAUUAGGAUUAAAUCUUGUCCAGUCUCCUGUGUUAUCUUGUCCAGGAUCGCCCAGGAUCCUGGGCAAGAUCGAUCCUUCAUGUAGGAUCUUUGUCAGGGUCUUGAACAAGAUCGUGGUCAAGACAUGGGAUCAUGUAGGGUCAUUCUGUCAGGAUCGUGGACAAGAUUCUACAGGAUCCCAUGGAAGGAAAAGGAAAGGGAGAUGGAUGGUUUGUGCUAAUUUGCCUUGUCUUAUUAUCCUGCAGAAUUAUGUUUGCUCCUAAGAGAGUGCCACAUCCAAAUAUCAUUGCUUUCACAGAGAAGGUCACCAACUUAGAGCCAGAAAUCAGUCCUUAUUUUUGUAAGUGCAUCCAUCACUGACUCACUUACUCAUAGCACCUACUGCACUUUAAAAAUUUUAUCUACAACACGCAUGUUCAUAGUAGAAACAUGAGGUUACAAGUUCAGAUUAUUAUCGCUGUUGGAGAUAGAGCCCCAUCAUAACUUUCACUAAUUUUACUUUGAAAACAUCCUAAGUAUGAUAUAUGUACCAUGUAAUUCUGAAGUAUGCAAGUGUUUAAAGAUUUUAUGACCAGAUUUGCACAAAAUGACUACCUCAUGUUAUAAACCCCCAAACACCUCUACCCAGUGCAACUCAUGAUUGCUCUGCAGCAUUGGGCAUAAUCAUUUGAUUGACGAUAAACAUCAAGACUAGUUCGUAUACACCAGAUGCUAUGAUCAUCGAUAGUUAGCUCUUGCUGUUCCUUCCAGCUAAAACCAACUUUGUACCUGCAAUUGAUAUGAAAUCAAGACCACUUCUUCAGCAGAAGCUUACAAGGUGAGUGUGUAUAAAUGAAUUCUUUCUUGAAAACAUGACAAAAAAAUUAAAAAGCAACUUCUAAAAUAAAUAACAUGAAAUAUCAAAUCAAAAAGGAGAGGAACCAGAUGAUCAUACCCUUCUUGCUACACAGCUGCUCAGAGUUUGUGUCGACAUGCGACACUCCUCCCCAGAACAGCUGUGUAGCAGACUAACCUAUCCCCUGGCCCGGCCCUCUGUACUUACAAAUUGUCAUUCAGAUUGUAAGAACAUGCAAGUCAACCAUAUAAGAGAAAAGUGCUCAAGAUGUAUGUGCAAGAAUGCAAGGAGUUUAAAUGUGCCUUUUUUGUAAAAAGUACCUUUCAUAUGCCGUGAAACCAUUUAGAGUAUCACUCAGACUAUAUUCAAUGCCAGGGAGUACAAUACUUACGCCACUGAAGCGAUUUGAACAAAUUAAACUUAAAGCCUUUUCAAGUGGUACUUAAACUCUCCAGUUAUGAUUUUUUCAGACUGGAUCAGCUGCAUUCAGAUUAUUCUCAACUCACUUCAAGAAGUAAGAGAAUCCAUUUUUUGAAGAGACUGCUUCAAGAAAAGGUUUGUUAAUAAUGAUUUUAUCCUCUACAAGUAAGAACAACAGCAAAAGCAACAACACAAAUCUUUGUGUGUAUCUGCAAUUAAACACAUAUAACGAGAGAACAAUGCAGCUAAAAUAUAGUCAGUUUGAACUGCCUGGGAAUUGUGCCUGGAACGAAAGAAGCCAGGUAUUAAAUGACCCUUUUGUUAGGUGUAAAUUUUCUGUGGUCACUCACUUGCCGUGGUUUGGCUUGAUUGCAACAUAGAUAGUGUGCUGAAUGAGUUAAUGAAGAAUUAUUCUUGUCUUGGAAUUUUAAUGUUCAUUCUUAAAUCCAGGCUCUGGCUCUAUGAGACCAUCAUUGAAAUAAGUGAUUUCCAAGUUCUAGAACCUCAUAAUUUCAAAACAAGGCUAAGUGCAAAAGAUUUUUUGUGAAAAUGAGUUUUAUUUAUGAGAAUAAAAAAUCAUUUCCACAUCAAUGCUUUGCACUUAGCCUCGCUUUGAAACAGAAGCUUGAGGCAACUCAGAAGGAUCAUUUUAUGUUUCUAUGAAACUGCCCACCUACCCCUCCCCUAAGCCAACAUUGUGCCCUAAGUAAGAACUAAGGUGUUAAUGUUGGUUUAGGGGAGGGGUAGGUGGGCAGUUUCCCAAAAUCGUAUAAUGAUCCACUCAGAAAUAGCCCAUUGUUGUCAAUCUGAAUGAUCGAAGUUUUGGGUAACUUGUUUUAGCUACUACGACAUUCUCGCUAAAACUCAUAGUGGAAUGGAGAUUGCUAGAUCACAUUUUCCCACCAAGAUCAGAAGUUGGUCGCGCGCACACGCACUUCUUGGUAUUGAGAAAAUCUUUAAAGAAAAUCUUGUUCUCGUUGUCAUCCUCAUCUUAGAAUAUAAAGCUCUCUAUUGAAUAUUGUUGUGGAAACCAAGCCAAGGUCACUGAACUAAUGGAAUUUAUGUCGUCCUUUUAGGAAGUGCACCGUUCAAUGGCUGGAGAGCAGGAGAGUGACUCAGAGGGCUCAUCAGUUGAAAAUCUGGGUGAUGUCACUCAGUUUGGAUUAACAGGUGCACUUGCACAGAUGGCCAACUUGACAUUCAUGGCAGGAGCUCCUGGUAAAUCAACUGAUCUGUUGCUAUUGCAGGGGAGAGAUGCUACUGUAUACAGUGUAUAG